AUGCAUCUGCCAUCUGCUCUUGCUGCCGGCACCCUAGCCCUGGGUGUUUCGGCUGGUUCCAACUACCUCGGAUUCAACUCAGGAGCAACCCUUCCCGACCGAUCUGCCAAGUUCAAGAAGGACUUCCUUGCCGAGUUCAACACAGCACAGAAUCUUGAGGGCGCCCCUGGUGACUUCAACUCGGUCCGACUUUACACAAACAUUCAGGCCUACUCCCAAGAUGACCCAAUCGAGGCCUUCGAGGCUGCCAUUGAGACCAAGACCAACCUGCUGUUGGGAGUGUGGGCCUCUGGCACCGACAACAUCAACAAGGAAAUUACCGCCUUGAAGAAGGCCGUCACCAAGUACGGUUCCAAGUUCACCGACUUGGUCAUUGGCAUCUCCAUUGGCAGCGAGGACUUGUACCGCGACUCUCAAACCGGUCUCCGGAACGACGCCGGUAUCGGCAACAGCCCCGCCAACAUUAUCAAGUUCAUCAAGGACUACAAGGAUGCCUUUGCCAACAAUGCCUUGGGCUCGGUCCCAGUUGGCCACGUCGACACGUGGGAUGCCUGGACCAACUCCUCUGCCCAAGCUCUCAUUCAAGUUGUCGACUGGGUCGGCGUCGACGAGUACCCCUACUACGAGAGCGGCAAAAACAACACCAUCAAGAACGCGGGCCAUCUCUUCGACAAAGCCUACAAUGCCACCAUUGGUGCCGUCAACGGGAAGCCCGUCUGGCUCUGCGAAACUGGUUGGCCAUCCAGCGGUCCCAAAUGGGACGAUGCCGUCGCUUCUGUCGAAAACGCCAAGUACUACUGGGAUGAAGUUGGUUGCCGCAAGCUGUUCAAUAAGACGCCUACAUUCUGGUACACUCUUCGCGACUCCAACCCGGAUAACAAGGCCAAGUUUGCAAUUACCAAGGACCUGUCCACCAAGCCUCUUUUCGACCUGACCUGCCCCAAGUCAUUCGACACCAAGCCUGAGACUUCGAGCGCUGCCAGUAACUCCACCGCUUCUGCUACUGCUACCGCUACCGGUUCUGCCUCCGCCUCCGCCUCCGCUUCCGGCAAUGCUUCAGUAACCAGCGCUACCAAGCCAACCUCCACCUCCAGCUCUGAUGGAUCUAGCGGAUCUGGUUCCUCUAGGGGCAAUGGCGGCAAUGGCGGCAAUGGCGGCUCCGGCUCCUCUGGCAACAGCGGCAGCGGCAGCGGCAGCGGCAGCGGCGGCAACGGGGCCACUUCCAGCACUUCUUCUGCCAGCGGCGCCAUCAACUCUUCCAAGCCUAGCGCGGCUGCCUCUUUCGAGAAGCUUUCCGGAGCCGCCUACCUCGCUCUGGCUGCUAUUGCCGGUGUGGCUGUCUUGUUAUAG